UCUGGCGAGAAGUUAAUCAGAUUGUUGGAAAUAUAUCCCUUUGUAAUCUGAUUAGCAAAAAAUAUGAACGUCAUAAAAUCCCGAGAGAAUUGAAAUGGACUUUGUUUGCAUAUAAAUGUAAAAAUUUGUAAACAUAUCAUCGCAAAAGUGUUUAUCUGUUGCUGACAUGUCUUGUUUCAACGUGACAUUUAAAGUCAGCAUAAAAUGUUUCAAAACGUGGUAAGCACAAAGGUGGUACAUUACAAACUUGCAAAUACUUUUCGUUAUUACAAGUCAACAAGAUCUGCAGGUGGCUUCCAGAAAUUACAUUUAUAGCAGAAUACAGACAGGAUAAAUGUUUCAAGGACCAACUUAAUUGGAACUUAAAUUAUUGUUUCUUCUAAAAAUAUAAUUUUUAUGGUAAAGUUAUUUUAAAAAACAGUUUGUUUAUCUGAACUGUUUCAUGAAGCUUGUAAACAAACAUAAAAAUAAGUGAGCAUGUUUAUUUUUGCAUUUGUAAAAAUCAUGUCGUUGUCGUGUUGUUUUUUUGUUGGAUUUCUAUUAUAUGCUGGGUAUCUGGAUAUAUUAGAUUUUUAAAUUCAAUAAUAAUGAUAACAAUUUCUUGACUAUUUUAGACCAUUUAAAUAUAAAUAUAAAAGUAAAAAAAUUUUUCAAGGCAAGCAUGCGAGAUUUAAAAGAACAAGAUAUACGACUCGCAUUGGCAGGUGCAAAGAAUUGUGGGAAAUCUGCACUAGCAGUUCGAUUUUUAACUCGAAGAUUUAUCGGCGAGUACGAUUCGCACAAAGACACCACAAUCACUCGAAGCAUUGAAAUUGCCGACCGUGCAAUUAAUUUGCAUCUUAGAGAUACAACAGGAACGGAUUGGAUGAAAUCUGCUACCAAUGUUGUCAACUGGUCUUCUGCUCUUAUUAUUGUAUACUCCAUCACAGACCGUGGAAGUUUCUUAGUAGCCAAUCAUAUUUUAGAAAUCAUACAUAAACUGAAGCCUUUAAACUCUGGUUGCACCUUGUUACUAGGCAACAAAAAUGAUUUAAAACAUUUAAGACAAGUUGAAAAGAAGGAAGCUAAAAGAUUAGCGUUGGAUUUCGGUGUGCGUUUUAUAGAAUGUUCUGCGUCAGAAUCGUAUGAUGAAAUACAUAGUUCCUUUACACGGUUAAUUCUAGAGGCGUUACUCGUGCAAAAUGCUAAAAGGUUGUCCUUUGAAUCGUCUGAAGACGAGAAAUCGAAACCAGCUAAAGAAGUUGUUCGAACACGACGUCGUUCGUCUUCUCAACCGCAACCUCACUAUGUUCCUUCGUGUAAUAAAUCUCCUGUUAUUGAAGAGAAAAAAGACACUUUUCAUCCAUUCAAAUCUAUGGAUUUAAUUCGAACUCCCAGCCCAGCGGAGCGCCGACGUGAGCAACUUCGCGAUAUGCCACGACAAGCUAGAAAGCAAUCAUUACGGAGAAAAAUAUCUGGCAUUGGGUCGAGAAUAGUGGGCUCGCAAAAUACAAGAUAGCACCGGGUUCGCAAAAUACAAGAUAGCACCAGGUUCGCAAAAUACACAAUAGCACUAGCGCUUGCACAAUACGAGAUAGUAGUGGGUUCCCUAGUUUCGAGACAUGCGUACGCAUGAUUAUUUUUCAAAAUGGUAGCAAAUUUUUCUACUAAAAGUUACUUUGACAGAGUUGGCAUGUUGUAACUGAAAAAUAAUUUUUAUGGUUUGAGAAUAAAACUAGAUGUUUAUACUGACAGGUAAUUUAUUUUUAACGAAUUUUGUUUUUUAAACGAAUUUUAUUUUUAACAAAGUUUAUGUGUGAUUUUGUCAAAAUCUUGCGUAACAACAAAACACUUUUUUAGGAUAUCUGUUAUCAGCACGAGACUGAUUUGUCUGUGCGUGUAGAAAUGAAAAAAAUAAUAUUUUGAAAAUCUCUUCAGCCUUUCUUAAGAGAGAUUCAAUGAAUUUUACAAUGUUCAUACUGUAGUAAAAAUUAAAGAAUUAUAAAGUGUAAAGUAUAAAAUUACAGAGUAAAAUUGAAAAGUUUUUUGUUGGACAUAAAAUCAAAAAGGAAAAUCA